UUGGAUGUCGAGCGGAGAGCAGGCGGCGAGCUACUUCCUGGCGCUGUCGCCCACGCACGGCGAGUCGGUGCUGUCGCGGUACCAGAGCCUGCGCCAGGAGCGGCUGCUGUGCGACGUCGUGCUGGUGGCCGAGGGCAGCGAGUUCGCGGCGCACCGCUCGCUGCUGGCCUGCGCCAGCGACUACUUCAGGGGCAUGUUCCGGGAGUACACCCGCGAGUCCAAGGCCGGCGUGGUGCACCUGCCCGCGGUGUCGGCGGGCGGCCUGCGGCGGGUGCUCGACUUCAUCUACAACGCGUGCCUGCCGCUGUCGCCCGACAGCCUGCCGCAGACCCUGGAGACGGCGCGGUACCUGCAGGUGCCCGGGGCGGUGCAGCUCUGCUCCCGCUACCUGGUGAGCAGCCUGAGCCCCGGCGGCUGCUGCCGGGCGGCCAACGUGGCGGCCCGCUUCGCGCUGCCCGACGCCCAGCGCCAGGCCGAGCGCUACAUCGCGUCGCGGCUGCGGCGGCUGCUGCUGCAGGAGGGCGCCGAGGCCAGCGGGCUGCUGGAGCUCAACGGGGACUCGCUGCGGGCGGUGCUGGAGUGCGACGCCGAGCUGGACGGCGUGCCGGAGGGCGAGCUGCUGCGGCUGCUGCUGGCCUGGCUCGGCCGGGACGAGCGGCGCUGGGAGGCGCACGCCCGGCGCCUGCUGCCCGCCCUCCGCUACUGCCUGCUGGCGCCGGCCGAGCUGGGGCGCCUGCGGGCCGAGCCGCGCCUGGACCCGGCCGCCCGGCGCCUGGUCUCCGCCGCCCUGGACUACCACCGGGACGAGGCGGCGCAGCCGGCCCGCCAGAGCCGCCAGAGCACGCUGAGGGGCCGCCGGCGGCAGCUGCUGGCGGUGGGCGGGCUCCUGCUGCAGCCGCCGCCGCCGCCGCCGCCGGGGGGCCCCGGGGACGGAGCCGUGGACCGCCUGUGGGCGCUCACCGCCGGCACCGGCGAGUGGAGGCCGCUGGGCCGCUGCCCCCGGCUGCAGCACCACUGCGUGUGCGUGCUGGCCGGCUUCCUGUUCGUGCUGGGCGGCGAGGAGCUGGGCCACGGCGCCUCGGUGACCGCGCGGGUCCGGCGCUACGACCCGCGCUUCGGCCGCUGGAGCCCGGUCAGCGCCAUGGCCAGCCCCCGGGCCCAGUUCGCCUGCUGCGUGCUCGGCGGCCGCAUCCUGGCGCUGGGCGGCCGCGGGGGCAGCUCCAGCUCCCGGUCCCCGCCCCCGGCCGGCGCCUCGCUGCCCACGGCCGAGCUGUACGACCCCAGCAGCGGCGCCUGGCAGGCGGCCCCCCCGCUGCCGGUGGCGGUGCACGGACACGCGUGUGCGGUCCACCAGGAGGGCGGCACGGUGUACGUGACCGGAGGGCGGCACGGGGGCCAGGCGGAGAGCAGCCCGGACAUGUUCUCGUACCGGGAGGAGGGCACCGCCGCCGGAGGGGGGGAGUGGGCCAGCUGCCCGCCCAUGAGCAUCGCCCGCUUCGGCCAUCAGAUGGCGGCGGUCGGCCAGCGCCUCUACUCCUUCGUCGGCACCUACGAGCCCUUCUGCGACAUCGAGUGCUACGAGCCCCGGCUCCGCCAGUGGCGCCGGCUGCGGCCCCUGCUCGGCUUCGACCGCUCCUGCUACGGCCUGGCGGUGCUGGGCGCCCGCGUCUACCUGGUGGGCGGCAAGAGGUGGCACGGCUCCCGGGAGGUGGCCGCCCCCGACGCGGUGCUCUACGACACCCGCACCGACAGCUGGAGCGAGGCCGGCGAGCUGCCGCUGCCCCUGUGCGGCACCCAGUGCGCCGUGCUGCAGCUGCUCGACCCACCGCCGCCCGGGCAGGAGCCCGACGCCGGGGAGCCACCGUGGUGACUCCCGCCCCCCCCACUGCCCUCUCUCCUCCCCGGCCUUCCCCGCCUCCCCCACAUGCCACUGUCUCCCCCUCCCCCAACA